GGUGCUUCCGAGCACUGCUCUCUACUCGAACAUCUGAUUGAUACGUGACCGACUCCCGAACAAACCAUGAUGAAAUUUGAAUUCAAACACGACCAGAUAGGAGCUUGUUAUCUUCCGUUGGAAGUCUCCAGAAAAAUCUGGCACCCAGAUCAGAUCACGUCGAGAAGGGGCGAGGAGAUCGAAGGGCGUCCGUCCAUUUUGGUGUACUCGAUCGUCACCCGCAGCCUCUGCCACUUACGAUUCAUUCUCAUUCUCCCUCCUCACAACUCAACAAGUGGCGUCCAUCGCCGUGCGACGCUCGCUCUCUCUCUCUCCUCGUCGGUGAUAUCCGCGUCCAACAAAAUCCGCAACGGAGUCCUCCAGAAAAGGCAUCCGCAUCCCUAUUUAUUACGAACCCCCGUGACCCUGGCGACUUUGACUUCCCUGCGACCUCACAUUCGCUCGCCGAUCCUCCCUCCCUAACUGCACCGACGCCGGCUUUGCCACAAUCCCAAGCCAGCCGUCGAGACAGUGAGGCCGGUAAGAGGGGCGAGUCUAAUCAUCACCUUCCGAAUCUUCGCUUUCACUGAGACCAGUGGAGGAGGGAGGAGGAGGAGGAGGAAGAGAGAGAGGCCGUUGUCCUGUUCGCUAGGGAGAUUUAUAGUGAAUUAGUAGGGGGUGGCGUGGGGACGACAGCUUGUUGGAUGCUUCUGCUCUCAUCUUUAUCUUCUUCCGUUUAGAAUCAAUCUACUUCUCCGUUUUCAAGCCCAUUAGUCGAUUUGGUUCUUGGAAGCCAAGGCGUAGGCGUUGGAUCCAAAUCUCUCGUCUUAUUCUUCAUUCUUCUCCACUUCGCCAUCCGAUAACCAAGGGUAGAAUCGAAGUGUGAUGAUGGAUAGCCUGCCGGCCACCCCGGGCAAGUUCAAGAUGGACAAGCCCCAGUAUCACCAUCACCACCACCACCACCCGCGUCAGCUCACCGUCCGGUGGCAUCACAACCCGCUCGUCUCCAAGGUCGCAGUCUGGUCUUUCCUCGCCAUCGCCCUCCUAGUCGCCUUCUUCUUCCUCUCACCCACCACCCCCAACUCCUCCUCCACCUCUGGGCGUCGCUCCCUCCGUAACGCCGCCCCGUGGGGCGGCCCCGCCUGGGAGAAGUGCGUGCGCUCCUCCGCCCGCGUCCGCCGCUCCGGCGGCAUCUCCGUCCUCGUCACUGGCGCCGCCGGCUUCGUGGGUACCCACGUCUCUACCGCGCUCAAGCGCCGCGGCGACGGCGUCCUUGGGCUCGACAACUUCAACGACUACUACGACCCCUCCCUCAAGCGCGCCCGCCAGGCCCUCCUCGACCGCGCGGGUGUCUUCGUCGUCGAGGGCGACGUCAACGACGGCCCUCUCCUCCACAAGCUGUUCGACGUGGUGCCCUUCACCCAUGUGAUGCACCUGGCCGCGCAGGCCGGCGUCCGUUACGCCAUGACCAAUCCGUCCUCCUACGUCCACUCCAAUGUCGCCGGGCUCGUGUCGGUGCUCGAGGUCGCCAAGUCAGCGGACCCGCAGCCCGCCGUUGUUUGGGCUUCGUCGUCUUCCGUCUACGGCCUCAACUCCCACGUGCCCUUCUCGGAGGUUGACCGCACUGACCGGCCGGCCUCCCUCUACGCCGCCACCAAGAAGGCAGGCGAGGAAAUCGCCCAUGUCUACAACCACAUUUAUGGACUCGCCAUCACCGGCCUCCGCUUCUUCACUGUCUACGGCCCCUGGGGGCGCCCCGACAUGGCCUACUUCUUCUUCACGAGAGACAUCCUCCGCAGCAAGCCGAUUUCCAUCUUUGAAGGCCCAGGUCAUGCCACCGUUGCCCGUGAUUUUACCUACAUUGAUGACAUCGUGAGCGGUUGUCUUGCGGCUCUCGACAAUGCUGGGAAGAGCACCGGUAGCGGCGGCAAGAAGCGGGGGUCUGCGCCGCUCCGCGUCUACAACCUCGGCAAUACGUCCCCAGUCCCCGUGUCUCAUCUCGUGUCUAUCCUGGAGCAACUCUUAAAGGUCAAGGCCGUCCGCAAUGUCGUCAAAAUGCCACGGAAUGGGGAUGUACAGUUUACUCAUGCCAACAUCAGCCUUGCGCAGCGGGAGCUCGGGUAUCAUCCGACCACCGGUCUGAACACUGGCCUCAAGAAGUUCGUCCGGUGGUACCUUGGGUACUACCCUACUUCCUCGAGUAAAAAGGGAUCAAGAGGUGGCAGCAGCAGUGCUCUCUAGCCAGGGAAGGAUGUUGGUGGCAGUUGGUGAUAUUUUCUGCUACUUCCUCAGGGAGAAUAUGUAUCCAUCAUGGUCAUGAUGCGACAUUGAUGUGCUACUCUCUGUGCAGAUGAACCAUCCGUGCCCAUGACUGCAGGGAGAAUAUGUAUCCAUCAUGGUCAUGAUGCGACAUUGAUGUGCUACUCUCUGUGCAGAUGAACCAUUCGUGCCCGUAUGGCUCAUCCAGCAAUGAAAGUAGGUGAGAUGGUUGGUGUUUUUAUUUUUUAUAAAAUGUUUUGCUUCGUUUUUUUUUAUAGAAAUAAUAAGUGAUGAAGAUAAGAUCUGAUUCCACUGUUGAGACCAAAUUGUUAGGACUUGAACUGAGAAGGAUUAUUCUUUGAGCUUACAAAGAAGAAGACCUUGAGGGG